AUACUGUGCUUGCACGUUUCAUUACGGUCUUUAAACGCUGUGCUUGGAAGAUUCUCCCGCACGGCAUUAAUGGCGCGUCUGACGGAAGAAGACUCUGUCAAGUGCGAAACUCGCGCACUUACUCUUUGGAUCUAGAACCUAUAUAUGAACAUCGGAACUUCUCAUAAACAUUCACCCAUUCUACGAGCCAGUCCACGCACGUACUGUAUCCCUUACGUAUGGUUUUGUCGCACACUGCUCAUCAGACGGUUGAGUAUCUUCGAGUUGCACCGGCCGCGAUCUGGAUACUCGAUUAUUUUUUGACUUUUGAACAUGAAGUCCGUCUGUUCAGCAACAUGAGCUGUUGGAACAUUGUCACCGUCAUGUUCAUCCUAGCUAGAUAUGCUCCCAUAAUAUGGAUCAUCACCGAAAUAUAUCGGGCAGUCGUCUGCCAGUCACUCUUAGCCCAUAUUCAGCAGAAACGGUAUGGACUUUCUGUGAACCUUAUUCAACGCAAUGAUGCUAAUGGUCUGCUUCUCGUGCGUAUACUUGCCUUAUGGCAUAACAACAGGAAGAUAAAGCUAUUUUUAUUGGCGAGCUACUGGUUUAUCGUUGUCGCCAUGGUCAUUUGCGAUAUACUUCUGGCGCUUCUGCUCGAAAGCAUAUGUGUGCCCGCAUCGAUUCCGAUGGUUUCAGACCUCACCAACAUGGAACAGCUGAUAAUGGGCAAGUUUAUCAGUGCAGCACUGUUUGAACUGAUAGUGAUCACUCUUACAAUGUAUCAUUCAAUACGACUGCGCUUUGAUGGUAUACGCUCCAUCAGUAGAGUGGCGUCAACCUUGUUGAAUGGAAGUUUGCUAUAUGCACUGUCGCUUCUUGUAAUUUCGAUUAUAAACAUAGUUUCUUUUUCUUUGCCGGUCUCAUCGCAGGAGAAGGAUGGAAUCAUGGAUGUGUUUCAAGGUGUCUUGCAUGGUGUCUUGGCUUCGCGCGUUCUUUUUGAUCUAAGGGAUCUGGGGGAUACAGGUCAAGAUGAAGAACACGACUACUUAUUCACCUCGUUUAUAUCCCUUCCUCGCACUCAGCCCGUAUCACAAAUGAUACCAAUGACUGUCUUACAUGCCGAAAAUGUAUUUGGUGGCGUGGAGAUUGAUGCGCCCUUUCCCCCUAGGACAUCAUGGCUCGUUGACGUUGUAGUAACUUCUGCAUCCGCACUGGGCCCGCAGAAGAUGACAGUGUACCUCGUCGGCACUGUGGAUAAUGAAAGCAGCCUUGAAUUCAGUAAGGAGAGAGUUUCUGUCGGAGUAAAGUACGAUGGUUUUCGGAAACGCACGGGCGCUCGCAUGGCUUUCGCCUAUUUCGCCUAUUUCGCUAAAGGCCACAUGGGAACGCUUAGCUCGCUUAAACCUCUUUUUGGAAACUCGCGUGGCUUUGUCACGUGUUUUCGAGCGCCGACUCAAAUAGCGUCGCCCUUUGGGAAGUUAGCAUGA